UCCACACAGUAAUUAAACAGUACCCUACCAUGGAGGAUUCUUCAUCAGGUGAGGAAAUCAAGACUUGUCUCCGUGGUCACUGGAGACCCGCUGAGGAUGAAAAGCUCCGGCAACUUGUUCAACAAUAUGGUGCCCAAAACUGGAACUCAAUUGCUGAGAAGCUCCAAGGAAGAUCAGGGAAAAGUUGCAGAUUAAGGUGGUUCAAUCAGCUUGAUCCCAGAAUUAAUAGACAGCCAUUUACAGAAGAUGAAGAAGAGAGGCUAUGUACAGCUCACCGAAUUCAUGGGAACAAGUGGGCACUAAUAGCUAGGCUAUUCCCAGGUCGAACUGAUAAUGCUGUGAAGAAUCAUUGGCAUGUUAUAAUGGCACGAAAACAAAGAGAGCAAUCUAAGCUAUGCAGGAAGAGAAGCUUUCAAGAUCUUUAUAUUGAUUCUAACACUACUUCCUCGUCUAAUAAUAGUUUUCCUGAAAAAGGAACAAAACCUCAUGAACUAUUAUUUAGCUCAAGAAUUGGGUUAGAGAAUACCACAUACUUUGACUUCAGGAACCUCUAUAAUAAAGAAAGGAUGAUUGCAGCAAACUCUCCACCUAGUCCUUUGGCCCUUUUGAAUUUUGGAUCCAAUAUUGCAUCGUUUAGGAACAGUCCUCAAGUAGCGGAUUCGUCAUUUAGGAAAGAAGGGAGAGAUUAUUUCAAUAACUCUUGCUCUAACAUUAACCUCUCAGAAAGCUCAAAAACUUCAGAUAGAUUUCUUUACAGAAUUUAUCCAAAUCCUUCAUCCUUCGGCACCUUUUAUAGUAGGGUUGUUGUUCCAAGUCAUUUUGGAUUCCUUGAUUCUGAAAAAGAUGGAAAUGGAAGGAUAAAAAGGGACUUGAUGAGUUUCUGCGAUAACUCAUCCAAGUUAGCAAAGUUGAGGGUUUCUUCUACAGAACAAGAUCAAGUAGAUGAGUCCAACAAUAUUGAACGGAAAGAAGUUCCUUUCAUUGACUUCCUUGGUGUUGAUGUCUCUUCAUCAUGAUGAUAUCAGUGAAGUAUUUUUAACCUUCUUAUAAAAAUAACCAUAGCUUAGUUUAUUAGUUCUCUACUUCUAGCUAGUUUUCCCUCCUUUACAAAAUUUUAGCAAUUCUAGUCAAUAUCUAUGCAUGAGUACUGAGUGGGGCUCAUCAUUGUAAGAACAAGAUUAAACACUUUUGUCCUUAUGAAUCA